AUGGACCCCGUAUCCUCCGGGUUGGACCCCACGCUUCCUCUCGAGGCCUUCAACAAUGCCACAAUAGCUACAGGAGGCGACUCGAGGCUAUACAACCUCAAUGUGUUCUAUAAUCCGGGCGAUAUCGCUUGGAUGCUGACCUCCACUGCUCUCGUGCUGCUCAUGAUUCCGGGUGUAGGCUUCUUCUACUCUGGAUUAGCACGCAGAAAGUCUGCCCUAUCGCUACUAUGGCUAUCCGUCAUGGCGACCGCGGUUGUUUCGUUUCAAUGGUUCUUCUGGGGUUACUCGCUAGCCUUCUCGCACAAGGCUGGAAAGUACAUUGGAGCCCUGGAUAACUUUGGACUGAAAGAUGUGCUUGGUGCACCCUCGGUUGGAAGUGCCCGCAUUCCCGACCUCAUGUUCUGUCUUUACCAAGGCAUGUUCGCUGCCAUCACUGUCGCCCUUGCCGUUGGCGCCGUCGCCGAACGAGGCAGGAUGCUCCCCUGCAUCAUCUACAUGUUCAUCUGGACCACCCUCAUCUACGACCCUAUCGCAUGCUGGACCUGGAACUCUAGUGGCUGGGUGUUCAAAAUGGGAGGCCUCGACUUCGCUGGCGGUACGCCGGUCCAUAUCGCGUCUGGAACUGCAGCGCUCGCCUACUCGUAUAUGCUGGGAAAGCGGACUGGCCACGGGACCCAGGAACUCAACUACCGUCCCCACAACGUCACGCACAUCGUUAUCGGCACCGUCUUCCUCUGGGUGGGCUGGUUCGGCUUCAACGCUGGUUCAGCGUUGUCUGCCAACCUCAGGGCUAUCAUGGCUGCUGUAUGUACUAAUCUCGCUGCUUGCGUUGGCGGAAUUACGUGGUGCUUGGUCGACUACCGUCUAGAGCGCAAGUGGUCCACCGUGGGCUUCUGUUCUGGCGUGAUUGCUGGCUUGGUGGCCAUCACCCCUGGGUCUGGUUACGUCCCUGCCUGGUCUGCGGUCAUCUUCGGUAUCGUUGGUGGUGUUGGCUGCAACUACGCCACGAAGCUCAAGUACUUCCUCCGAUGCGAUGAUGCGCUUGACAUCUUUGCUGUUCACGGUGUUGGCGGUUUCAUCGGCAACAUCUUGACUGCGUUCUUCGCUGCCGACUACAUAGCGCAUCUUGACGGCUACACCGUCAUCGCCGGCGGCUGGUUAAACCGCCACUGGAUCCAACUUGGCUACCAGCUCGCUGAUUCGUUCACUGGCGGCGCCUACUCCUUCUUCGGCACCUGCCUGAUUCUCGGCGCUCUCGACUUCCUUGGCAAGUUCGUUCCUGUGCUUCGCCUUCGCGCCAGCGAGGAAGAGGAGGCCCUUGGUAUCGAUGAUGUUGAGAUCGGCGAGUUCGCUUACGACUACGUUGAGCUCACCCGUGAGGUCAAGAUCCCGGAUGACGAUGUCAUCGACGAGGGAAUGUCGACACAUUCGCUCGAGAAUCACGGCGCUGGCAUGGCUAUGACCAGCCAUCACGAGAAGAACCAAGAAUCGAUCGACUCGGCGGGCCAGCUUGCUGAGUGGGCGCACCGCGCAUAA